AUGUGGCUCUACCUGAUAGGACUCAUAGGUCUGUACUAUCUUCUACGCUGGUACCGAGAGAGACAGGUGGUGAGCAACCUUCGAGACAAGUACAUCUUCAUCACGGGCUGUGACUCGGGCUUUGGGAACCUGCUGGCCAGGCAGCUGGACCUGCGAGGUCUGAGGGUGUUGGCUGGGUGUUUGACGGAGCAGGGAGCUGAGCAGCUGAGAAACCAGACAUCAAACAGACUGGAGACAGUGAUUCUGGAUGUCACCCAGACAGAGAGCAUUGUUGCAGCCACCCAGUGGGUGAAGGAACGUGUGCAGGACAGAGGUCUCUGGGGCCUGGUGAAUAACUCUGGUAUCUCCAUACCCAUGGCACCCAACGAGUGGCUGACCAAACAGGACUUCGUGAAGAUACUGGAUGUGAACCUGCUAGGGGUGAUCGAAGUGACCCUGAGCCUGCUGCCUCUAGUGAGGAAUGCAAGGGGCCGCGUGGUUAAUGUGGCCAGUGUCAUGGGCAGAGUGUCCCUUUUUGGUGGAGGCUACUGCAUCUCCAAAUAUGGCAUAGAGGCUUUCUCAGACUCCCUCAGGAGAGAACUCGCCUUCUUUGGGGUGAAGGUGGCUGUGAUUGAACCUGGUGCAUUCAAGACUGGCAUAACUUGCAGUGACAAAUUUUCACAAACCAUCCUGGAGGUGUGGGAGCGGGCCAGCACAGAAGUCAAGGAAGCCUAUGGCAGACAGUUUCUGGCUUUCUGCAUGAAAUGGCCUAAAAUAAUGAAGAGAACUUAUUCAUCUAAUCUGUCCUUGGUGACAGACUGCAUGGAGCACGCUUUGACGGCCUGCUAUCCACGCACCCGAUACUCAGCUGGCUGGGAUGCCAAGUUCUUCUACCUCCCUAUAAGCUACCUGCCCACUGCCCUGGUGGAUGCUAUGAUCUCCUGGAGCUCCCCAAGGCCUGCCAAGGCCCUGUGA